AUGGACUCCCCGCGGCCCUUCCGCCCGCCCCGGCCCUUCCGCCCGCCCCGGCCCGGGCCCGGGCCCGCCGUGCCCAUGGCCAGGGGGCUCCGCGGCCUCGCCGCCUUCUCCCCUCGCCUGCCCUCGCCCGGCCCCGCCCAGCCCCGAGCCGCGGCCUCGCCGUUCCCCGCGCUGUUCCGCGGGCUGGGCCUGGAGGACCGGCCUCUGGAGCGGCCCCUCGGCCGGGGCGGCGCUGGCGAUGCGAAGGCAGCGGCUCCGCCCGGCCCGGUGCAGCGGCAGGAGGAGGGGGAGAAGGACAAGGGGACAGCGCUGGCGGCGCUCCCCACGCGUGGGCAGAUCCUGUGGAAAGGCAGAGGGGACGCGCUGCCCACCCUGCCUGGACGAGCCUUGCCCGCCGUGCCCGCCCCGUGCCCACCCAGCCCCCAGCCCUGCCCGGCGCCCGUGCCCACCCCGGAGACCCCCCCAGCUGCUGCCAGGCCGGCCCAGGGGACCAAGGCGGUGGCCAAGGGAGCCACCAUCCCCGUGGGGCUGAACUUUGUGAAGAUCCACUGCCAGAACGAAGCUGUCUACCAGUACCACGUGACCUUCAGCCCCGAGGUGGAGUGCAAGGCUGCCCGCUUUGCCAUACUGAAGGAGCAGCACGCUGUGACCGGCGACGUGAUGGCCUUCGAUGGCUCCAUCCUCUUCCUGCCCAUCCAGAUCCCCAAGGUCAGCCUGAAGGCUCGGAAGAGCGGCGACGGGGAGGAGAUCUUCAUCAACAUCCAGAUGACCAAAAUCCUGGAGCCCAGCUCGGAUCUCUGCACCCCCUUUUACAACGUGGUGUUCCGCAGGGUGAUGAAAAUCCUAAACAUGAGCUUGGUUGGGAGACAUUUCUUUGAGCCUGCCCAGGCCACCACCCUUCAGAAAUACAGCCUCCACAUCUGGCCGGGAUAUGCCGUCAGCAUCCGGAGGAAGGACGGGGGGCUCUUCCUCAUGGUGGACGCCAUCCACAAGAUCAUCCGCAGCGAGUCCGUGCUGAGCGUGAUGCAAACCAUCCACUCGCAGAGCCAGAGGACGUUCCAGGACGAGUGCACCAGGCAGCUGGUGGGGAGCGUGGUCAUGACGCGCUACAACAACCGCACCUACCGCGUGGACGACAUCGACUGGGACAAGACCCCCAAGGACACCUUCACGCUGGCCAGCGGGCAGGAGAUCACCUUUGUGGAGUACUACAGCAAGACCCACGGGAUCACCAUCAGGGAACUGGACCAGCCCCUGCUCGUCCACAAGCCCAAGGCGAAGCAGACACCAGAGGGGAGGUGCCAGCUGAAGAUGGUGCUGCUCGUGCCAGAGCUCACCUUCCUCACCGGCCUCUCCGACCUGCGCAAGAACAGUCGCAUGCUGAAGGAGGUGAUGUGGGAGAUGGUGCAGAGUCCCCAGCAGCACUACCAGCGCCUCACCGGCCUCCUGCGCCGCAUCCGCGACACGCCGGACGCCGCGCGGGAGCUGCAGCGCUGGGGGCUGGUGCUGGACACCGACAUCUACAGGACCCAGGGUCACGUCCUGCCCGCGGAGCGCAUCAACCUCCGGCACCGCUCCUUCCUCCCCGCCGAGGAGCUGGGCUGGCACCGCGAGGUGACGAAGGAGGUGCCCAUCGCCGUGAUCUCCAUCAAUUCCUGGCUCCUGAUCUAUCCCAAGAGGCUGCAGCACCUGGCCAAGGACCUGCUGGCGUCCAUGAGGAGCAGCUGUGGGGCCAUGGGGAUGCAGGUGGGGCAGCCCUCGGUGCAGGAGCUGCGCGAUGAUCGCAUCGAGACCUACGUGAGGGCCAUCCAGAGCUCCCUGGGCAGCCAGGACAAGGUGCAGCUGCUCCUGUGCAUCAUCCCUGGGGGCAGGGACGACGUCUACGGGGCCAUCAAGAAGCUCUGCUGUGUGCAGAGCCCUGUGCCCUCCCAGGUCAUCAAUGCCCAGUCCCUCAUGGGCCACCCUGGCAAGAUCAGGAGCGUGGUGCAGAAAGUUCUGCUGCAGAUCAACUGCAAGCUGGGCGGGCAGCUCUGGGGGGUGGAUAUCCCACUGAAGCAGCUGAUGGUGGUGGGCAUGGACAUCCACCACAGCAGGAGCCACGGCAUGCGCUCUGUCAUCGGCUUCGUGGCCAGCAUGAACCACAUCCUCACCAAGUGGUACUCCAGGGUGGUUUUCCAGAUGCCCCACCAGGAAAUCGCCGACAGCCUCCGGCUCUGCCUCUCCCAGGCCCUCAAACGCUUCUAUGAGCUGAACCAUUCCCUGCCCAUGAAGAUCGUGGUGUACCGGGAUGGGGUGUCUGACCCCCAGCUGGACACUGUGCUCAAGUAUGAGGUGCCCCAGCUCCAGAAGAGCUUCCACACCUUCCAAAAUUACCAGCCCAGCCUCGUGGUCGUGGUGGUGCAGAAGCAGCUGAGCACAAACUUCUACUGCCUGACAGGAGAGGAGUUUUUGUCCCCUCCCCUGGGCACCGUCAUCGACCAUGGUGUCACCAGCUCGGGCAGGGAGGAUUUCUUCCUGCUGGCCCAUCACUCCCGGCAGGGCUGCAGCGUCCCCACGCGCUACAUCUGCAUGUGGAACACGGCCAACCUCAGCUCCGAGCACCUCCAGAGGUUGACCUUCAAGCUGUGUCACCUCUACUGGAACUGGCCGGGCACCGUGCGUGUCCCUGCCCCCUGCAAGUACGCCCACAAGUUGGCAUUCCUGGUGGGCCAGGUCCUGCACCACGAGCCCAGCGCCCACCUCUGCGAGCAGCUCUUCUUCCUUUAACCUGCCAGGACCCAGGAAGCCGGGAUUGGCACCGGGCAAUCCGGGAUUGGCACCGGGAAAUCCGGGAUUGGCACCGGCAAAAAUGGGAUUGCACCUGGAAUUCCUGCUGCUGUUUGUCCCCCCCCCUGCCAAGGCGGAUCUUCCUCAAUUCCCUGUUCUGGUGUUAAUUUAUUCUUUGUUUGUUUGCAGCAGCGUCCCAGCGCUGUGGGGUUUUAUUUUGGGAAUUAUCCCCACGGGGAUGACCCCCAAAGGAACAUCCUGCUGCUUUCCAGCCCUCCCACAGUAAAUUGGGUUGAGUUAAUGAGCCCCAAAAGUGCUGCUGCUCCCACAGCUCCUCCCUAUGCAGGUGCUGGAUGUAAAUCGAAAAAUUUCAGGGUUUUUUCCCCCCUCCAGUUUCUUGCAUUUCCAUGCAGGUUUAAAGUUUAUUUUUUUUUCCUGGGCUUUUCCAAGCUGCUGUUGAACAAACCAAAGCUCCAGUUUGGCCGGUUGUCCCGUCCUUGAGGAGUCACUGGUUUUCCAAGGAGAAUUCUUUGUGGAUUCAGGUGGUUACCCCAGGGAAAGGUUGGAGUUUUCACCUAUUUUAGGUGCUUUUUUCCCAAGUUACAAUCCCCUCCUUUUUCUCUUCCCUCUAACCAGUUUUUUUGGUUCUUUCCAAUAAAAUCGUUGCUGGCA